UGGACCAGAGGAGGACACAAGGAGAAAAAGUUAGAGGAGGAUUUGUUCUGCAUCCAGCACCAGCGGACAGACCCACAGACGGAAGGACAGACUGACACCAUGGCCAACAAAGCCCCGCAGCCCCCCCACCUGCACCUGGCAGAGGUCACCGCAUCCCAGUUCCUGGACAUCUGGAAACACUUCGACGCGGACGGUAACGGCUACAUUGAAGGGAAGGAGCUGGAGAACUUCUUCAGGGAGCUGGAGGUGGCUCGGAGGGGGGCGGGGGUGGACCCUUCCAACCCCACAUUCAGAGAAAAGAUGAAGGAGUUCAUGCAGAAGUUCGACAAGAACAAAGACGGACGCAUUGAGAUGUCAGAGCUGGCCCAGAUUCUCCCCACUGAAGAGAACUUCCUGCUCUGCUUCAGACAGUUCGUCAGCUCCAGCGCUGAGUUCAUGGCGGCGUGGAGGCGAUACGACACGGACCGCAGUGGAUACAUCGAAGCCAAUGAGCUGAAGGGUUUUCUGUCAGAUCUGCUGCAGAAGGCGAACAGACACUACGACGAGCACAAGCUGCAGGAGUACACACAGACCAUACUCAGGAUGUUUGAUCUGAAUGGAGAUGGGAAGCUGGGCCUGUCGGAGAUGGCCAGACUGCUGCCAGUUCAGGAGAACUUCCUGCUCAAAUUCCAGGGUGUGAAGUUGACCACCGAGGAGUUCAGCGCCAUUUUUACGUACUAUGACAAGGACGGGAACGGCUACAUCGACGAGCAGGAGUUGGAGGCCCUUCUACGGGACCUUUACCAGACGAAUAAGAAGGAGGUGGACCUGAAGAACCUGGCCGGUUACAUCCAGAGCAUCAUGGCUCUGUCUGACGGAGGGAAGCUCUACCGCAGUGAGCUAGAGAUCGUCCUCUGCAGGGAACCAAUGGUGUGACUCCUCCUCCUCUCGUUGCAUAUCAUCAUUUUCUCUGCCUGCCCCGCCCCCCUGCCCCUCCCCCUGACACCACAACCACCUCCAGCUGCCUGGAAUCAUAUACCAGGUGCAUGUGCCAGACACCUCCCCCUCCUCGUCCCAAUGCCCUUGAUGUUACAAUUUUAGAAUGAAUGAUACUGUACACCGUCAGCACAACUCCCCGCGCCCGCCCGCCCCCCCCCCCAAACAUGACAUGAUCCGACUCAAACCUACAGUUUC